GAAGAGGUUAAAUUUCUUCUCAGGGAAACAUUGUCGGGUCUAUGGAGGGGGUAGAGAGGCGCAUACCAAUUGACGAGGCUCUCCGCUUUCCUUGAAUGAAAUGCUGUGAAUAUGAAUCCGUGUUUCCCCCCUCUCGCCUGAGCUUCGGGGUCUGCGACGCGCACGAGGAUCAAUCGGAGUUGCAGCAGAGGACAAACGGGGGGGAAAAGUGAUGGAAAAGUUGCUCUGAUCGUUGUGCCUGGAUCUGGUGGAUGAGGACGGACUCGCAAAGUUUCCGAUCUCAAGUGACAGAUUCAAAACUGGACUGAAAUAAUGUGACUGGAAGGAUCGAGGCUUUCAGCGUGGACUACAGCGACCGCGCGCGCUAUUUCACUCACUUUUGACUUAACUUUGAGUCACAGGGGAUUUCUUAUUUUGUCCUCUUUUUUUUCUUUUGGCACAAAGGAACCAAAUGGUUUGAUAGAGUGGUCUGAGCGCACUGCAGCAGCGGGAUGAAUUCAAAGAAGAAGCUUUCCGUCUUCUCUGCUCAGAUAUUCUAGCAUGUUGUGUUAAAACUGUGGAGAACUUUUCUUUGUAUUAUGUUUUUUUUCUCCAUCUUUUGAAGCCUUCCACUCAUCCACGGCAAAACGCCAAACCCAGCUCUUGAAACACUGCUCUUGGACUCUCAAACUGAAAUCUGGGUUUUACUUUUUCAAACUCUGGAUUCUAAGAAUGAGUUUUUUUUGCAGUUUGACAUGACGGAGCGGAUGCCUAAAUUGCCUUUUGAAUAAUUUGGAUUACACGAGAGCACUUCUCACAAGAGAGGCGUUGAAUGAUGUCUCCAACUUCUAUUGGAUUUGUACUUCUGUUAGGAUGUGUCCAUGUGUGCUCAGGAUCCCGUCUGCGCCAAGAGGACGCUGCGCCCCGGAUAGUGGAGCAUCCAUCUGACCUGAUUGUUUCCAAGGGGGAGCCCGCCACUCUCAACUGCAAAGCGGAGGGGCGCCCGACCCCGACAGUGGAGUGGUACAAGGAUGGAGAGCGGGUGGAAACGGACAGGGACAAUCCCCGUUCUCAGCGCAUGCUGCUACCAAGUGGCUCCCUCUUCUUUCUACGCAUCGUCCAUGGAAGACGGAGCAAACCGGACGAAGGUUCCUACAUCUGUGUCGCCCGCAACUACCUGGGAGAGGCAGUGAGCCACAACGCCUCGCUGGAAGUAGCCAUUCUUCGUGAUGACUUCAGACAGAACCCUGCAGAUGUGAUUGUGGCAGCAGGAGAGCCGGCGGUGCUGGAGUGCCAGCCUCCACGUGGACAUCCCGAACCCACGAUAUCAUGGAAAAAAGAUGGAACUAAUAUCGACGACCGAGAUGAGAGAAUCACUAUACGCGGAGGGAAGCUGAUGAUCACAAAUGCCCGGAAGAGUGAUGCUGGGAAGUAUGUGUGCGUCGGCACAAACAUGGUCGGCGAACGAGAAAGUGAAAUAGCUGAACUUACAGUGCUUGAGCGUCCCAGCUUUGUACGUCGCCCGGGCAGCCAGGUGAUGUUAGUGGACCAAAGUGUGGAGUUCAGGUGUGAGGCCCGUGGUGACCCAGUUCCCACCGUGCGUUGGAGGAAAGACGAUGGUGACCUGCCCAAAGGAAGAUACGAGAUUCGUGAGGACCACACCCUGAAGAUCCGCCGUCUGACCUCAGCUGAUGUCGGCUCUUACAGCUGCGUGGUGGAGAACAUGGUGGGCAAGGCAGAGGCAUCGGCCUCACUCACCGUCCACGUCAUGUCUGGUAAGUUGAAAUAUCACCCGUCACCUAUUCACCGCCCUGACAGAGACAGAAGUUGUCACAACCCCCCUCCAUCCUCCACCCAUCACUUCUCCACCUUCCAAUCAGCAAUCAUGUUUCUGUUGUCAUGGGCAACAGUGACAAAAGGACAUUAUUGGGUAACAAAUAUGCUCAGCUUGGGCCUCCAAGUGCCCCCGGCAUUUGUGGUGAGACCGAGGAACCAGGUGGUCGGGGUUGGCAGAACGGUCACCUUCCAGUGCGAGGCAACCGGAAACCCUCAGCCAGCAAUUUUCUGGCAGCGGGAAGGCAGUCAGAACCUGCUCUUCUCCUACCAACCUCCUCAACCCUCCAGCCGGCUUUCUGUAUCUCAGUCUGGAGACCUGACCAUCACUGAUGCUGAGCGCUCAGACAUGGGAUACUACAGCUGCCAGGCCAUCAACACUGCUGGCAGUGUCCUCACCAAGGCUCUGCUGGAGAUCACUGAUGUUAUCUCGGACCGCCCGCCGCCAGUUAUCCGUCAGGGCCCAACCAAUCAAACGGUAGCUGUGGACGGCACAGUGGUCCUCAACUGUGUGGCAACCGGAAACCCCACCCCCACCAUCCUGUGGAGGAAGGAUGGUGUCUUGGUGUCCACACAUGACUCCAGGGUCAAACAGCUGGACACAAGUGCUUUGCAGAUUCGCUAUGCAAAGCUUGGUGACACUGGUACCUACACCUGCAUCGCCUCAACACCCAGUGGAGAGGCCUCAUGGAAAGCCUACUUAGAGGUCCACGAGUUUGGAGUCCCAGUCCAGCCAAACAGGCCUACUGACCCAAACCUGAUCCCCAGUGCCCCUUCUAAACCCGAAGUCACUGAUGUCACCCGGACCUCCAUCGCCCUUUCCUGGAGACCGAACCUGAAUGCUGGAGCCACACCCACCUCCUAUAUAAUAGAGGCCUUCAGUCAUGCAUCAGGGAGCAGCUGGCAGACCUUGGCAGAGCAUGUGAAAACUGAGUCAUUUGUACUGAAGGGCUUGAAGCCCAGUGCAGUCUACCUCUUCCUAGUACGGGCAGUCAAUGCCUAUGGGCUGAGUGAUCCCAGUCCUAUUACUGAAUCUGUGAAAACACAAGAUAUCCCUCCCACCAGUCAGGGUGUCGACCAUCGACAGAUCCAAACAGAGUUGGGAGAAGUGCUCAUCCACCUGCACAAUCCCACCAUUCUCUCCUCUUCAUCUGUCAGAGUGCAGUGGACAGUGGAGCAAAAGUCACAGUACAUCCAGGGCUACAAGGUGAUGUACAGGCCUUCACCGGAGGGGCUGCAGAGGAGCGAGUGGGCUGUGUUCGAGGUGCGGACCCCUGGAGAGGACAGCGCAGUUGUGCCGCAGCUUCGGAAAGGAGUCACAUAUGAAUUCAAAGUCCGCCCCUUCUUCAAUGAAUUCCAGGGAACAGACAGUGAUGUCAAAAUUGGCAAGACUCUGGAAGAAGCCCCCAGUGCCCCUCCUCGCGAGGUUACAGUGGCGGAGAGCGGAGACAAUGGGACCGCCAUCGUGGUCUCCUGGCAACCCCCUCCAGAAGAGGGGCAGAAUGGGGUGGUCCAGGAGUACAAGAUUUGGUGCUUGGGGAAUGAGAGCAGGUACCAUAUCAACCGUACAGUUGAGGGUUCGGCCUUAUCCGUGCUGAUUCCCAGUCUGGCCCCAGGGAUCCGCUACAGCGUGGAGGUAGCAGCCAGCACCGGGGCGGGUCCAGGGGUCAAGAGCGAUGUCACCUUCUUUCGACUCGAUGCGUCUGGGCGAAUGACAGAGAACAUGGACCAGGAGAACCCCCUGUCCCAGCAGAUCUCAGAUGUGGUCAAGCAGCCGGCCUUUAUAGCCGGCAUAGGAGCCGCUUGCUGGAUCAUCCUCAUGGUCUUCAGCAUCUGGUUGUACAGACACAGGAAGAAGAGGAAUGGCCUCUCCAGCAGCUAUGCAGGCAUCCGCAAGGUGCCAUCCUUUACUUUCACACCAACAGUGGCAUACCAGAGAGGAGGAGAAGGUGUAAGCAGUGCUGGAAGGCCUGGAUUGCUAAACAUUGGGGAAUCUGCCACUCAGCCCUGGCUGGCAGACACAUGGCCCAACUCCUGCUCCAACCACAAUGACUGCAGCAUGAACUGCUGCACUGCCGGCAACGGCAACAGCGACAGCAACUUGGCAACGUACAGCCGUCCAGCCGACUGCAUCGCCAAUUAUAACAGCCAGAUGGAAAACAAGCAGACCAACCACAUGGUGCCAGAGUCAGGAGUCUAUGGAGACGUUGACUUGUCCAACAAGAUCAAUGAGAUGAAGACCUUCAACAGCCCAAACCUUAAAGAUGGCCGCUUUGUGGGUCCAGGGGGCCAGCCGACGCCGUACGCCACCACCCAGCUCAUCCAGUCCUCCAUCAUGGGAAACAACGUUAACUCAGAGAGAGGAACCGGAGGGAGUGGAGGAGGACUCCUAGGUGGAGGAGAGAAGAAUGAAAAACAGAGCUGGAAGCCCACCUCAGCUCAGCAGCAGAAACAGGAAAUGGCCUCCCAGCUACAGUACAACAUCAUGGAGCAAAAUAAGCUGAACAAGGACCGCUACAGAGGAGGUGACGGCCCAAUGCCCGCCACCAUCCCCUACAACCAGACCCUUGACAGUCACACAGGGGGCUCCUACAACAGCUCCGACCGAGGCAGCAGUAGUACCUCCGGGAGUCAGGGUCAGAAGAAAGGCAUGCGCACCCCCAAACUACCCAAACAGAGCACAAUGAAUUGGGCUGACCUUUUGCCCCCUCCCCCUGCCAACCCACCUCCAAGCCGGAGCAUAGAGGAGUACUCCCUUUCGAUGGAAGAAAGGUGUGACAUGUCUGCACAGACACAAAGACACAGACACGCUGACAGCUGUGAACCAGACAUGCAGUGCCCCAUGCCCCCCUCUCACAUGUACCUGCAGCCUGAUGAGCUGGAGGAGGAGAUGGAGAGGGGCCCCACUCCUCCUGUCAGAGGGGCGGCCUCUUCCCCUGCAGCGGUAUCUUACAGUCACCAGUCUACAGCCACACUCACCCCCUCACCCCAGGAGGAGAUGCAGCCAAUGCUCCAGGACGCACUUGACAGCCAUGAACGCAGGCGCCACACUGUGAGCCCCCCAGCUCCUCAACGGCCCCACUCUCCUUCACACACAUAUGGGUACAUCACCAGCCCAUUAGCCUUGGACACUGAUGGUAUGGAGGAGGAAGAGGAGGAUGAUAUAUUGGAGGAAGAGGAGGAGGAGGGUGAUGAGACAGAUGCCGAGGUGGCCAAGAUGCACUACCACCACACACACCCCCACCAACCCCAGAUGCACCCUCGAAGGUUGCUGCUGGGAGGGCUUGAAGAGACGCCUGCGUCCAGCAUGGGCGACCUGGAAAGUUCAGUGACCGGCUCCAUGAUCAACGGAUGGGGUUCCGCUUCUGAAGAGGAUAAUGUCUCUUCAGGGAGGUCCAGUGCCAUCAGCUCAUCAGACGGAUCAUUCUUUACUGAUGCUGACUUUGCUCAAGCGGUUGCUGCAGCUGCAGAGUAUUCAGGCCUCAGGGUGGCCAAAUAUCCCAACACACUGGGCCACGAAGUUGCAGGAGCUUCCGCACGAAAAUACCAAAUAAACCCGCCAAGCCACCGUCCUGGAAGCCCGGUGUCCACAGACAGUAACAUGAGUAUGGCAGCUGUACACAGGAGGCCUCCUAAGAAGCAGAAACAGCAUCCUGCAGGUCACCCUGCAGGUCACCCUGGAGGUCACCCUGGAGGUCAUCCUGGAGGUCACCCUGCAGGUCAUCCUGCAGGUCAUCCUGCAGGUCAUCCUGCAGGUCAUCCAGGGAACCAGCGACGUGAAGUCUAUAAUGAAGAUCUCCCACCUCCGCCCAUCCCACCUCCAGCAAGGCUUAAGUCGCCUACACACCCCUCCAAGGCAGUGCUGGAGGGCCGGGGAGUGAUUUCCCCUAAAGCAGGAGAGGGUCGAGAAAAGAGAGGUGGAACAGGGGGUUGUCGGCCCAGAGAGGGCUCGGACCCCAGAAACAGCUCAUCUGAACGCAAAGAUGCUCAAGAGAGACAAAAGACUCCUCAUGGAGGGAAAGGGAAUAAACAUGAGGGUAGCAGCGCCAACAAGGCACGGCUACAACCAGGUUCCGAGGACAUUCUGCCCUAUAGCCGACCACAGUUCCCCACAGUCAACAACCCCCGGGACCCAAGCUCAUCCAGCUCCAUGUCCUCGAGGGGCUCAGGGGGUCAGCGAAGAGGAGAAGGAGGCCGCAGGAACCCUGCAGACAUGGGCCUUAACACCACAGGGGCCUUCCAACCAGGAGAUGAAGAGCUUGAGAUGGUAGAAAGCUGAAAAACCGAGGAGGAAAAGAAGAACUGUCCUGACUUUUCCAAGAGUGGAGCACCAUUGUUUCUCUUACAAUUUUAAAUAUCUCAGUAUUUCACCAUCAUGUUGGCUACCAUUAUGCUGUACAUCAUUAGUGUUUCUUUACAUCUGGAAAACAGACCAAUGUUUUUUUUUCUACCUUAUCAUUUUCUAUGUCCAUUUAAAAAAAGGAAAGUGUGAAGAUAAAGAGUGCAUUCAAAACAAAACACGCAGUGGUAUAUUUCUGUUUAAUUCCAAUGCAAUAUGGAGUAGAAUCUUACUCCAGACAUUGACAUGACUCCGCUUGCCUCGACACAAACUUUGGAGAGCCAUACAGUCAGUUGUUACCGUCAUAAAAUAGCUGCAAGCAGAGGGGUGGACUGUCUGUAAAUAUACUUGUAUACAUGAUGUCCUCUUGUUUUACCCACUGUGGUACCUCAAAUUUGCCUUCCUUUUUUUGUGAAUUCUAAUUUUAUUAUGCCAGUAAAUAUAAUUAUUAUUUUAUCAUUUCCAUCCAUGUUGUAAAUUGCUAUAUUAUUUAGCUGCCCCGAGAAAGUGCCACUUUGGGAUUCUUUUUAUUUUCUUUGGUAUUUUGUAAUGCACUGUUAUGUUUUGUGUUGAUGUCAAUGUUUGUUAUUUGUUACUUUGGUUUUAAAAGCACAAUCACUAAACUUUAUUUUAAACCAUUCUAUCUAUUAACCUUUUUGUCUUACUGGAGGAAAACAGGUCGACAAAAGAGUCUAGUUAAUCAUGAUGAUGAUGAUGAUGAUGAUGAUGUAGGUAAAGGUUGCUGUUUACGAAGGCUGGGCUUGAAAGGAGGCUCCUUGCGUUGUGAUUGUCUCCCUCUCCAUUUCUGACGCUCAAGUGUUGAAAGACAGUUCAUGUGAGUCAUAGCUGCAAUGUAUAUAUCUUUUCGCAUUGACCAUAAACUCAGCUAUUGCACAUUAAUCGAAAUGGUUAUGUUGUCUACUAAUGCACUUAAACAAAUGUCAAAUACAGGAAAUAAGAGUCACUUUGGGAAUCUGGAGAGGUUGUAAUUGGACAAGAAGAGUCUCUUUUCUUGAUAAGGCAGUGGCGAGGGACCCCUGUUAUUAAGGAGGAAGGGUGCUGUUGUUUAUUCAUAGGACAUCUGCAAGCAUUUGUUUCGUAAAGCAAAAAAGUAAAAAGAAGUCAUAAAAAAAAGAUGAAUAAAAAAUCCAAACUAAACAUG